AUGAGUGAUACCUCUGCCCCUAGCCUGUACCCUCCUCUCCCGGCAUAUUCACCCCGCCAGAGUUUAGCUGAAGGAGAAAAAGCGGCCCCUGAAGAAGUGGACGAGGCUAGAAAAUCAUCCCCGGCAGCGCUGCAGGGUUUUCCUGUUAUGGCUCGCUGGGAAGCCCCAGCCGUCCGCAGCCCGUGGAACAUGCUCUGGAAGGCUCUUCUCCCUCCAAGCUUGUUGAUCAAGUUCCGCGCCUGCUUUCAAGAACAGUGCCAUGUACAGGCAGAGAAAAACCCAGCAGUAGCGUUGCCCAAUGCCACCAACCCCGGACUCACCUUCCCGCAGGUCCUUGGCAAUGGUUCCUGCGUAGGUGCCAACAAACCCUCUUGCAGCACUGUGGCAAAUCUCACCGACCCCAAAACCCGAAAUAAGCGGACCCGAAACAAGNGAUGCCUGUACUCUCCUCUCCCGGCAUAUUCACCCCGCCAGAGUUUAGCUGAAGGAGAAAAAGCGGCCCCUGAAGAAGUGGACGAGGCUAGAAAAUCAUCCCCGGCAGCGCUGCAGGGUUUUCCUGUUAUGGCUCGCUGGGAAGCCCCAGCCGUCCGCAGCCCGUGGAAAAUGCUCUGGAAGGCUCUUCUCCCUCCAAGCUUGUUUAUCAAGUUCCGCGCCUGCUUUCAAGAACAGUGCCAUGUGCAGGCAGAGAAAAACCCAGCAGUAGCGUUGCCCAAUGCCACCAACCCCGGACUCACCUUCCCGCAGGUCCUUGGCAAUGGUUCCUGCGUAGGUGCCAACAAACCCUCUUGCAGCACUGUGGCAAAUCUCACCGACCCCAAAACCCGAAAUAAGCGGACCCGAAACAAGCGGGCUGCAGGGGCAGCUGCGGUGGCCAUCAGCUCCCUCCUGGGAGUUAUUGGAGUGGCUUCUGUUCCACGCGACCCUAAGACCCGGGCACCGCCGGUUGCUCCUCGGCCACCCCCGUCGCUCCGCGUGGUACGGCCCGGCGGGGCGCCCGCUCCGGGCACAGGUUAUAAAGGCCGGGUUUUCGGAGCGGACUGCGGAGUCGAGAUGCGCCCGAAGGAGCCGGGACGGAGCUGCGCCGGGGACGGGCCGGGGCCCGCACCUGGACCCAGGCCCGGGGACCCAGCAGCAGUCAGCUCCGCACCCCCGCCCGCAGCCAGUCCGGGCCGAGAGCCGUCGGCGCAGCCCGAACGCGCUCCCGGGCAGGCGCCGGGGGCUGGUCCGGGAGCAGCAUCCGGAUCCCAACCCGUCUCCGAAGCCCGGGCCGGAGCUCGCUCCGCCUCCAAGGCCGGAGCCAAGGCAGGAGCCCAGCGCGCGUCCGCAUUCGCGGGCGUCCAGGCGAAGGCCCAGCCCGUGCCCGACAGCUCGGAUGCACCGUGGACCCGCUUCGUAUUCCAAGGGCCCUUUGGUCCCCGGGCCACUGGCCUGGGGACUGGAAAGGCGGCAGGCAUCUGGAAGACGCCGGCCGCCUACAUUGGCCGGCGGCCCGGGGUGUCCGGCCCCGAGCGCGCCGCCUUUAUUCGGGAGCUGGAGGAAGCGCUGUGUCCCAACCCACCGCCUGUCAAGAAGAUCACCCAAGAAGAUAUCAAAGUGAUGUUAUAUUUGCUGGAGGAGAGAGAGCGGGACCUGAAUACAGCAGCUCGCAUAGGCCAGUCCCUGGUGAAACAGAACAGCGUUCUGAUGGAGGAGAACAGCAAGCUGGAAGCCAUGCUGGGCUCAGCCAGGGAGGAGAUUUUACACCUCAGACACCAGGUGAACCUGCGGGAUGACCUCCUUCAGCUCUACUCAGACUCUGAGGAGGAGGAGGAAGAAGAAGAGGAGGAAGAGGAGGAGCAGCUGUGUGAUCAUCCCUGUGAUGCCCCCAAGCUGACUCCUCAGGAGGGGCCGAUGCAUCGCUGCCCGCAGCUGGAAGCCCUGCAGGAAAAGCUGAGGCUGCUGGAGGAGGAGAACGAUCAGCUGAGAGAGGAGGCCUCUCAAUUCGACACCCUUGAGGAUGAGGAGCAGAUGCUCAUUCUGGAAUGUGUGGAGCAGUUUUCGGAGGCCAGCCAGCAAAUGGCCGAGCUGUCGGAGGUGCUGGUGCUCAGGCUGGAGAACUAUGAACGGCAGCAGAAGGAGAUCACCCAGCUACAGGCCCAGAUAGUGAAGCUGCAGCAGCGCUGCCAGGCAUAUGGGGCUGAGACUGAGAAGUUGCAGCGGCAGCUGGCUUCAGAGAGAGAAAUGCAGUUCCAGGAAGAGGGGGCACUUCCCAGUUUCCAGGAGACCCUGGCUGAGGAGCUCAAAAUGUCUCUAAGGAGGAUUAUCUCAGAUCCUGUGUAUUUUAUGGAAAGAUACGACCUUCGCUACCGUGAGGAGCGAGAGCAGGAACAGGGGUUUGAUGCCGAGGAGGGGUGGAUGCCGGCAGAGGAUAUUGUGCCAGAGGAAGAUUUCGAGCCUGCGGAGGAGUUGGUGCCUGAGGAGGAGCUGGGGGCUACAGAAGAGGGGGUGCUGGCUGAGGAAGGGGUGACUGAAGAGUCAGAGCUGGUGUCGGAGGACACUGAGGCCUGGGAGGAGGUGGAGCCGGAGCUGGAUGAGGCUACGCGGAUGAACGUGGUGACCUCAGCCCUGGAGGCCAGUGGCCUGGGCCCUUCACACCUGGACAUGAAGUAUGUCCUCCAGCAGCUGGCCAGCUGGCAGGAUGCCCAUUACAGGCGGCAGCUGAGGCAGAAGAUCAGCAGCAGCAGCAGCAGCAGGCCAAAACAGACAUGGGGGGGCGGGAUCGUGGAGCAGCAGCCCACGAUGCUGACCCAGGACCUUUGGAGGCUGGAGGAGGACAGGGCCAACCACCCUCCCAUGGCCUGGGAGGAAGAGGGGCCUGCUGGGGUCACCCAGGUCAUUGGGACGAAGGCCUCCGCCAGCAAGGGCCACAGUCGGACCAGUCCCCUGGGCUUUGCUGUUUCCCAGCAGCCUGCAGAGGCCCCACAGACAGUUUGAGGCCCCUCCUUCUGCUGCCUGGCCAAGCCCGACCCAUCCCAGACCCUCCUUCCCAUCCUCUGAAACGGGACCCCAUGUCUGUCACUCGCCCAGCUCCUGAUGAACCUGGGCUGGAGCUUGAGGGCUCAAGCCUCAACCCUCUUUGGGGACUGGCAGAAGGAACCGCGGCCCUCAUUCUGCAGCUGGUGCAAAAGCUGUGGCUGCUGGGCCUGGAU